GUUGGUUUAGGCCUACAGUUUGGACCUUGCAGGCAGUGCCGCCUAGUCAGAGGAGCAGAGUAGACUGGUGGGCUUUUAGGAACGAGCCUUUUAGCCUCGUGUCUGAUUUCCGCUAAUUCGGGGUCCCCUUGAUGUCUAGAAAAAGGGUUUCCGUGGCCCAGCGAUUGCUGGCUCGGUCAUUACCAGACCUGCUUGGUCCUCUAUAGCUUCCCGGGCACUCACAGACCGACCAGAACCGGAUGUGACGUUGCGGUGGAAGAAGGGAGAGGCGGAGCGUGGCGUGUUGACGUUUCCCCAAGAUGGCGGAGAGGGAGUGAGGAACUGUGUUCCUUUUGGGUUUAUAUCGAGCAAUAUCUGAAAUCAAAAUGCAGUAUUCGCACCACUGUGAACACCUUUUAGAGCGACUGAAUAAACAACGGGAAGCAGGUUUUCUGUGUGACUGUACCAUCGUGAUUGGGGAAUUUCAAUUUAAAGCCCACAGGAAUGUGCUUGCCUCAUUUAGCGAAUAUUUUGGUGCGAUCUACAGAAGCACUUCUGAGAACAAUGUCUUUCUUGAUCAGAGUCAGGUGAAAGCUGAUGGGUUUCAGAAACUGUUGGAGUUCAUAUACACAGGAACAUUGAAUCUUGACAGUUGGAAUGUUAAAGAAAUUCACCAGGCUGCUGACUAUCUCAAAGUGGAAGAGGUGGUUACUAAAUGUAAAAUAAAGAUGGAAGAUUUUGCUUUUAUUGCUAACCCCUCUUCUACAGAAAUAUCUAGUAUUACUGGAAACAUUGAAUUGAAUCAACAGACUUGUCUCCUUACUCUUCGAGAUUAUAACAGUCGGGAGAAAUCAGAAGUGUCUGCAGACUUAGUUCAGAAAAAUGUUAAACAAGGGACUUUAGCAAAGAAGUCAUCUCAAACUAAGAAGAAGAAGGUCUUCAGCUCUCAGAAAACAGGACAGAAUAAAACGGUGCAAUAUCCAAGUAACAUUUUAGAGAAUGCCUCUGUUGACAUAUUCCUAGAUGCUAAUAAGUUGUCCACCCCUAUAAUAGAACAAGUUACACAAAGGAAUAAUUCAGAACUGGAGUUGACAUCAGUUGUGGAAAAUACAUUUCCAUCACAAGAUAUCGUGCAAACUGUUACAGUGAAGCGGAAGCGCAGGAAGUCACGGCCACACUGUGCUCUGAAAGAACACUCUAUGUCUAAUAUAGCCAGUGUGAAGAACUCUUAUGAGCUGGAGAGUUCUGGAGAAGAGCUGGAUCAGAGGUAUUCCAAGUCCAAGCCCAUGUGUAACACGUGUGGGAAAGUCUUUUCAGAAGCCAGCAGCUUGAGAAGACACAUGAGAAUACACAAAGGAGUCAAACCUUAUGUCUGCCACUUAUGUGGGAAGGCAUUUACCCAGUGUAACCAGCUGAAAACUCACGUAAGAACUCAUACGGGUGAGAAGCCGUACAAAUGUGAACUGUGUGAUAAAGGAUUUGCUCAGAAAUGCCAGCUUGUCUUCCAUAGUCGCAUGCACCAUGGUGAGGAAAAACCCUAUAAAUGUGACGUAUGCAAUUUACAAUUUGCAACUUCUAGCAAUCUCAAGAUUCAUGCAAGGAAGCACAGUGGAGAGAAGCCAUAUGUCUGUGAUAGGUGUGGGCAGAGAUUUGCCCAGGCCAGCACACUGACCUACCAUGUGCGCAGGCACACUGGAGAGAAGCCCUAUGUAUGCGACACCUGUGGGAAGGCAUUUGCUGUCUCCAGCUCUCUCAUCACUCACUCCCGGAAGCACACAGGUGAAAAACCAUACAUAUGUGGUAUUUGUGGGAAAAGUUUUAUUUCCUCAGGAGAGCUCAACAAACACUUUCGAUCCCAUACAGGAGAAAGACCAUUUAUCUGUGAAUUAUGUGGAAAUUCUUACACAGAUAUUAAGAAUUUAAGGAAGCACAAAACAAAAGUCCAUUCUGGUGCAGAUAAAACUCUCAACUCCUGUGUAGAGGAUUAUAUCUUCAGUGAACAAGAUUCCGUACAAAAAAGUCCUUUGUCGGAAACUUUGGAUGUGAAACCUUCUGAAAUGACUUUAUCCCUACCCCUUCCACUUGGUGCAGAUGACCACCACAUGCUUUUGCCUGUCACAGAUAGUCAGUCUCCUCCAUCAGAUGCAUUGUUGAGGUCAGCUGUGAAUGGAUAUUCAGAACCACAAUUGAUUUUUUUACAGCAGUUAUAUUGACUCUGAGGAAUAUGGAAGUGGUAGUAGUCAACAUCUUUGGUAAGGUGCAUAAUAUAUUCAUACUAAAUUACCGUUCAGUCAGGUCAUGAUCAUUGUUUUUCAUUCACUAAAGUAAAAGCACCUGAUGUUUCAUCAUAACUGUGUAAUGCUUGUUUUGAUUUGAGUUUUAACUUGUCUGUCUAGAUUACAGAGCUUUAUAAGUAAUGAAUUACUCCCAUAGCACUAUUUUGGAGUAGAGAAAUUUUAUUUUCAUUUAGUACUAUCUAAAUUCCAUUUUUGUUUUCAUUUAUUGAAGUAGAAUCUAUCAACUUAUGUCAUUUGAUCUGACCCCUGAGAUGUAAACUUUUUCACUUAAACUUUAAGCAAAAUUCAUAAUGUUAACUUGGCAGUGUUACUGUAAAGGCCAGUACAUAAACGGGUGGGGGGGAGAAAAAUUUCUGAUUUCUACCUAAGAAACUAUAAGCAGUGGAUAAUAGUCUUAUUUGUUAGUAUGCUCCAUUGGACAUCUAAUGGAAGGAAAGAAAGAAAGAAAAGAAAGAAAGAAAGAAAGAAAGAAAGAAAGAAAGAAAGAAAGAAAGAAAGAAAGGAAGGAAGAAAGAGAAAGAAAGAAAUCUUAAAAACUAAAAAUAUAGUUCUUUAUCCUUUUAAUUGUUCAUAUAGAACUCAGUAUUCUGGAGAAAAAUCCAUGUUCAGUACUUUUCAGUUAUUUGAGAUAACCUGUAACAUUAAUUUUGAAUAGAUGUUUUUGUAAAAUGACGGUUUCAGUUUGCCUCAGGUUAAGUUUUAAUAAAUUUAUAGGUUACUGGAGAUGAGUUUUACAAUUUUUGAUAAAACCUACUUACACCUGCUAUGCACUUUUAAAAAUACAAAAUUCUUAAAAGAACUUUCUAAAUGUAAACUAAUGGAUACUAUGAAAUGUAAAUCUCUUGACUUUUGAAUUUGGUACAUAUUAUACAGAUUUCAGAAAUGAAUUGCAGUUAUAAGUAGACACUUGAGCUAUUAAAGCCAGUUUAUUAAACAUUUGAGCUUCCUAUAAUUUUUGAGUUCUAAGUUUUUAUAAAUUAAGUUACAUUUGCUAGUUUCAUAGUUGUUCUUUUCCUUUCUAAUGAAUUAGAAACUUUAGGAUUGUUUUUGAACUUACGGCCACUCUUCCCCAUGGUCUCUUUUCCACAUAGUAGUUUAUAUCACUGUCUGGUCUUUGGACAUUAAAUUUUUUCUAUAAAGUUCCUAUGGCUGACUGAACCACCCCAUUGACAUUAUUUCUUAUUUCUGCCAUGUCAGUUAAUGGCUUGUUUUCUGGUUUUAAACUAUACCUGUAAUAAAGUUACUGUAUUUUCUAUUGGCA